AUGCACUCGUCGCGUCGCACACACGCUCCCGCUCCUCUCGCCAUCGUUCUCCCCCAUCCCCAGCUCAACUCCCGUCGCUCUUCCCUGCUUUCUCUCAACUCUGCCGCUUCCCCCCAUACGCCUAGGAGCUGCUCCUCCCCACUGCCUCCCGUCUACUACCAGCCCUCUGCCAACAGGAACAGCACUGACAGCUGGAACAGCUCAAAUGCCGACGACAUGGAUGUCGAGUGGAAGCAGGAGCACGUCCUUCUGCUCUCAAGAACCCUAGAUGCUUUGCCUGCCCACCUUGUCACUCCUUUUAACGGUUCAGUUCCCCCUUCUAAUCUCCUUGACAAAAUCGCAAGGGGCGUCUCAAAUGCAAAGGGCCCCGCAGAGUGGCCGUAUUCCAUACGCGCAACACGCGUCAAGCUGCUCGAGCUCGCCCGCAGUCAUGCCAAAGAGGAGGCUCUUGCAGAGCAGCGCCGCCAUGCCAUUGCCGAGGAGGUCGAAAUUAAUGACGACUCCAAUUAUUCUUAUUUCCACAACGGCGAAGAGAAACCUUUGACAGGCGUCGGUAUCGCGCCCCGUCGUCCCCUCUACCGCCAGUCUAGCAUGGACUUUAUCAAACCUACGCUCUCUGAAAUCAAGAACAAUUCUGCUAUUGCAAAGCUUUCUAGUCGCCUUCAACGUACUGAUCGGAUAAUCCCCAACCCGAGCUAUCACCCAUAUUCCCGCAUCCCCCGAUCCCAGCAAGCAAACCGCAGAUCUUCUUCCCCACCCCACUCGAAUGAUGUCCCCGCACUCAUCAACCAGUCUUCCACCCCUAGCUCCACCACCCUCGACAGCUUUUCUACCCUCUCCUCAUCCGCCUCGGCGCCCCGCGUGCUACGCCGCUCGGCCUCCACGCUGUCUUCCGGCUCGCUGCUGAGCACCAGCAGCAACGGUAUGUCUCUUGCUGACCCGCGCAUCCAACGUGUCAGGCGUUCGGACUCGUUCUGCUCUGGCCCACCCGCCCCGCCACCGAAGGACACCCCUACGCUCCAGCGCGCAGGGUUCAAGCGUGCGCCGUCGUACGGUGCGCUGGCUCAAGAGGCUAGACAAGAGGCGAUGGCAGCCGAGCGUGUGCAUGCCCGGAAGCUGUCAGGCUCCUACCCCUCCUCGGACGAGGAGGAGAAGGCGCGUACAACGAGGGCAAAAAAGGCAAAGACCAAAGUCGGCGCGGCGGUGGUAUCUGCACCGGUGCCUCCUAGUCCGUCGGUGGUGUCGCCGCCGAGCUCUGCGCCGCCUUCCCCCGGGACGGCACCGUCGUCGCCUGUUGCGGUGAAGACGCCAACGGGUGCGACGAAGCCCAAGUUGGCAUCUGCGAUCCCAAAGCCCCGUCUCAAGGGUGUUGCUGCGUUGGCAAAGGAGGGAGAGGGUGCUGUGAAGAGUCCAAAGGCAAACAAGCUCUCGUCGCCUGCUUCGAUUAAUAAGGCGGACGGGAGUGCGAGCAAAAGCAAGACAGGCAAGGUGGACAAUAAGGAUAAUCUUACUUUGCAAGACAACAAGGCAAAGUCCCAUCCUAGAGCUAGACCUCCUCCCAUGAACCUGCAGAGGAAUCCAAGCAUGUUCGGCGCCGAGCUGCCGCCCCUGCGUGCAACAACGCAGAACAACAAUAACGCCCCACGCUUGCCGUCCUCUCCACCAUCUGCAUACCGUGGGCCCCUUGCCGCCCCAUCCAAGAUGCGCUCGCCGUCGCCCGGGGCCGUCCGCCCGCUAGCCCCCGCAGCCACCCUGUCCGGAAACGCAAACGGCAAUAUAAUAGGCGCCAGCGCAUUGGCCCUCGCCCCCGCCGCGCCCGUGCUCGGACCCGCCGUUGGCGCCCAUGCAUGCGCCUACAACUCGCACGUGACGCGGUCGCCGGCCGUGAUGAGCAUGGCUGCUGCUGAUUCGACGGAGCCUGCGAGUCCGGGUCCGGGUGCGUUGUCGCCUGCGCUGACGCUUGUGAUGACGCCGGAGGUGUCGCCCAAGGUGCGCACGCUGCGCAGGGUGAGGAGGCUUGCGCCUGGAGGGAGGAGGAUAUCGUUUGGGAGUCUGGUUGCGCCGGGAGAGGAGGGUGAGGCGGAGAGUCAGGGUGCGGGGUUGGGGUUGGAUGUGGGUGCGAGGAGUCCGAAAGGGAUGGGGUUGUUGGGGAGUGCGUUCCAGUUGCAUUGA